AGAAAUUUUAGAUUAUUAUUGUAAAAAGGAUGAAUCUUUUGUAGUUUAUAUUUUACAGUGUACUCUAUAGAUUAUUUUUAAAUACAAUUAAUGAACUUUUAUUCCAUGUCGAGUACAAGGGAAGAAAAUACCAUGAGGCAAUUAAAUUCAAUAGGAUAUUUUUAUGAGUAAAAAUACUUGAAAUAAAAAAUUAAAUAAGUUCAUUUGAUUAAGCCCCGCAGCAGAAUUCAUUCUUUGAGACGCUUUCUCCCUUUGAGACGCUUCCGGCAUAUGACCAAACAAAUUCAUCGCCAUUUUCGCUCUAUUACUUAGAGUUGUUUAUACGAAACCUUAGCCUUCGGUCGACGACGCCUCCGCCUCUGGCCAACGACGCCUCCGCCUCCGGUUGACGACGCCUCCACCUCCGGUCUCCAGUCGACGAGAUUGACGAAGUCUCCUACUCCGGCCUACAGCCGCUUCUGCCUCCUUCUUUCACGUUGUUUACAGCUGUGAGAGCUGCAGUAUCAGCAUUUCGUAGGGAAGAAGAAUCACAAGUUCACCAUUCAUCUAAAAGAAGAAGAGAGAGAUCAGAUCAGGACAGGGUUAAUUAUGGUGAUUCAAUGUUCAUGGAGACACCACGAGGCAAAGGUCUUCAAUUCCCAUUUUUUGUUGCUGAUCGUGUUAUUAUAAAGUCCAAUAUCGCUCAUUAGCUAAGGUUUCUGAUACUUCAUCAUCACAGCAAACUUCAAGUAAGAUAACACCCAAUUGGCUCUAAACCCAUGUGGCAUCUUUAAAUGUAUGUAUGUGUGUGUGUGUUCUAAAGAUAAUUGUGUAGCAAGUUUUGCAUAUGUGACUGAUUCAAUUUCACUUCAAGUGCCUUUAGCUGUGGGGUAUCGAUUAUUAUUUCAUCAUCUUCUCAUUAGUUAGAUUAAGUCAUAAUCUUUAACAUAUCUUUACCCUCAUUAUUUUCUAUGAUCAUUUUUAUGCUCAUUUUCUUAUCAACAGGCCUGAGGUUAUACAUUGGAAAUUUACCAUCACAUAUGGAUGAGGUACUAGUGCAAACAACCAAGAGCAGGAGGAUCCGUAUGGUAGAAAGAAAAACCAGAAAAAGAAGUGUUGAUAAACCCAAAACGAAACAUCUUGAAGCAAGGCAUACAAUGGACAGUAAAGAAAAGAAAAAGAGAAGUGUGACAUUGAUCAGAGAUCAUUCCAAAGAAUAUCUAUCAAAUUUAACAGUUGAGUUUGAUCAAUUCGGUAGAGCUAUUGGACCUAACCGCUUUAAGUUCACCAGUUAUCAUGGAGUGACUACGAGGAAGAUGAUUUCUAUCCUUAUAGAUAGUUGGGAUUUAGUGGAUCAAUGUGACAAGGAUCAAUUGUGGUUGAACAUAAAGAAUUAUUGGCAUAUACGAGAUGAUAAUCAUAAAGCACAAGUACUUAGAGAUUGCAACACGCAAUGGAAGGCCUACAAGUCGGCGCUUCUUAAGUUGUGGGAAAAAGGUGUCAAUCCAGUAAAAGAAUACCCGUACCUUGACAAAGCAAUGUGGAAAAAGUUUAUUGUUCUAAAAUCCACGGAAGACUUUGAGGAAUUAAGAAGAAAAGGAAGGGAGGCAGCAAAUAAAAACAAGAACAAUCCUCGGUUGGGCCCAAGCGGGUAUCGUGGUAAUGAAAGAAAAUGGGAUGAAGAGGCAACAUCUGGUGUAACAAUAAAAGGCCACAAUAUAUCAAGCAAGCGGGCAAGGAAUUUUCUCUAUGCCAGGAGAAAACGCAAUGCAUCGGGGCAGUUGGUUAUAACGCCAGAGACCGAACCUCUAGCAGAUAAGAUUAUCCAAAAAGAUAUUCUGUUAUCUCAAGGAGUGUUGGAGCUUGGACCUCGGUCUGAUCUACUGGCGGAGGUACUAGGACGGGAACAUUCCGGUCGCACGAGGGCAGUUGGUCAUAAUAUCGGAUUAAAGCAAUCAAUGAUUUAUAAAAGAAAAAAGAAAGAACAUGAGUUACCCGAUGUUGAACAGAUGCAAGAAAAGCUAGAGACGAGGAUGUUGAAUAGCAACUUUUAUGACAAGAUCAAAGAUAGGUUGAUGACUGAGAUGUCGGAACAAUUAGUACCGAUAGUGGUUGAUGCGUUGAAGCAAGAUAAGACAACUGAUAUGGCGGAAGACACAAAUUUUUCUCUAUAACAGUUGAAACCCAAUACCCUUUGUAAGCUCAGGAUGUUGAUCUAAAUCAACUCUUUUUCCGGUGGCAUCCAAAUGGGCAAAAUAGUCAUUUUGCACUGUACAUUAUGAUACAAAUUGAUUAGCAUGACCACAUUAGGAACCUUAGAUAACAAAAGGGAACUUGUUAGUCUCGCUAUUAUGAUGUUAGAUUUGAUGAUGCCAUGUUGGUAGUUUAGGCUAUCAGUUUGAGCAGCAUUGCAACCAGGUUGGCACUUCAGGUUUCCUUUAUUAAAUCGGGUAUGAAAUUAUCACAUUUUUUAUUCCCUUGUGAAAUGAUUUUGUUUGUGUUGUGAUUCAAAUCAUCCCCAGGUUGAACAUCAUCAAUUCCAAUUGAGAAUCUACCGAGCACUGCAUCAAAAUAAUCUCAUCAUACACUUUCACCAAACAUCUAUUCAGAGCUCACAACUUCUCCUAUAGCAGCAGCCUCACUUGGGAAGGUGUAUAAGGGUAGAUUAAAGGAAAAUGGGGAUUUGGUUGCUGUUAAGGUACAAAGGCCUUAUGUACUUGAAAUAGUAACUAUUGAUUUAUUCAUCAUAAGGAACUUAGGAUUGGCUCUUCGACGUUUUCCUCAGGACCAAAAGAUUCAGAGACUAUUCCAAUCUCAUACGUAUAUAAUCGUUUUAGUGCAAUCAACAAUUGUCCGAUUGGGAGUGUGGUUACUACGUUAUGAACUGGAUGCAUGAGUUUGUACUUUUUCGACAACAUGGAUUUCCGAAUAACAUUUGGAAGGACAAAAAACCAUUUUCUAGUGAGGAAUUGGACGAACGAAUUAAAACAUGGCUGAGAACUUUUGGAGAUAAAGUGAAGUCUUUUUCAAGUUAACGGUUAGUUGUUCUAUAUACAUUGUUAUAAUUAGUUAUGUUUUUCAAAAAACCAUUUUCUAGUGAGGAAUUGGACGGAAUUUUUUUUAUGGAAAAUGAGAUAUAUAAAAGUAGGAUGCUAUAUUUUGUGUUUUAUUGUGGAAGUUUGCAGAUUUCAAGUUAGGGAGGUUGUUGUUAUGGAGGUACACAAACAUCCCUUGUAUUUCAUGUUGUAUUUGCUCAUAUUUUUUAUGUUGUGGAGAAGUUUUCACCCUUGCAUUGCUAUAGAUGAAGUUGUUAAUGGCAUGAAUGUCCAAUAAUUUGAGUUUUCUUCAUUAAAAGUUAUUUGAGAUUUUGAAUCCUAAGUUUUCUUGUUUUUGUAGGCAUACACUGAAUUAGCCACAAAGGGUAAAUAGAGGUCAGAGGUGUGACAUUAAUAAAUUUAAGAAUGUUUUUAUGUUUAAUGAACUAGGUAUACAACUUUUAGAUUGUAUAGACUGUAGUCUGAAUUCUGAAAGAAUAUUAAUGUUUUUAUGUUUAAUGAACUAAAUGGUUAUUGUAAUUUUUUUUCUGUUUCUUAAAAUGAAAACAUGAUCAA